AUACUCUUUCAGAUCCCACUUCACAAACAACAUGGCAGACUUACUGGGCUCAAUUUUGGGGUCGAUGGAAAAGCCCCCAACAAUGGGCAGUGAUGAGCGAAAGAAAGCCAAAGCUCAGAAAGCUAUGAUGGAGAAACAGCAAGAGGCAGAAAAGAAAAAGAUUGACGCUUUCCGCACCCGGAUUCAAAAAAAAAUUCAUGAGUUUAUAAAAGAUGGUACCUUGGAAAAGCUGAAACUAGAGCCCAUGGAGAAAGGAAUGCGGGCGAUUGUGCAUGAAGUGUCGGAGGUCGCCGGGCUGACGUCGUUCUCCUUUGGGCACGAGGAGGAGGAUCGCUACGUCCUCAUGUGGAAGAAGGAGUUUGCCCCGUCAGAUGAGGAGCUUCUAGCCUACAGGAGAGGGGAGGAGUGGGACCCAGAGAAGGCCAAGGAGAUGGAGAAGUUAAAGGAAAUCCAGAGCAAGGAGGAGGAAGAGAGCAGGAAGCAGAGCUUGAAAGAGACGCCGGCGUCCAACUACCGGGACAAAUACAAACACCUGAUCGGGGACGAGGCAGCCAAAGACGCGGCCAGGGAGAUGGUGUCCAACUCUUCCUACGGCUUUGUUCCGGCCACCAACAAACGAGAUCUGAGAACAAUUGAACAAGUGUUGGCCGACACCCGGGCCAAGAAAAAGCAGAAGCUGGACCCGUCAGCAGAGAGUUCUGGUUCGCCCUCAGCCUCGGGGGACCAGGGGGAGGGUGUGGGGGCGGAGACAUCUGAGGGUGCUGGUGAGGGUGAGGGCGUGUUGGCGGAGGCACAGGGAGAGACGGAGCAGUCUUGAUGGAUUCUGUGUGUGUGUGGGGGUGUGGGUAUGGGUGCAGAAUUGUGUUCUUUUCUUAGUGUGAAUGGGUGUGUGAGUGAGAGAGAGAGAGUGUGUGUGGGUAUACAUGUAGGAUUACGUUGUUUUAACGAAAAUAUGUGUGUGUGGAGAGAGAGAGAAAGAGAGAGACAGUUUUGUUCAAAUGUGUGUUUGUGGGAUGUGCGAGUGAAAGAGAGAGAGAGAGAGAAUAUGUGUGCUAAAUUGUGUUCAAAUGUGUGAGUGAAAGAGAGAGAAUGUGUGAUAAAUCGUGUAGUUUGAAUGUGUGUGUGUGCAUGAGUAUGAGUGAGAAAGAGAGAAAAUGAGUGAGAGAAUGGGUGAGCGAGAGAGCAAAUGUCUUUGAUCUGAUCUGUAUUGUUCGAUCCCAGCUAGCCAGUUUUUACAAAAUAUAUAUAUGAAAGUGCAUCAUCAUGUGUACAGUAUAUUGGUUUUUACCUGAAUCCCUUGUUGCUUUACUUUUUUCCUAAGGAAAAAAGUUUAGAGUUUGUCCUUUGUUUACUUUGUCUUAAAUUUGUAUUCAUGGUAUUUUGAAAUGAAAUGCAGUGAACUGAC